CUGGAUUUCAUGUUUACAUAAUUAUCACAGCAAUCAAACACCAGAUUGUGGAAGGGGCUACAUUGGAAACCUACUGGAAUUGUUGAAAGAUUUGAUCGAUUCUACUAGUAAUUUGAAGUUUAAGUAGCUAAUAUGUUUCACCGGACUUCUCUUUCUUCGUGCCCUAAAUUGUGGCGUUCUAUUCCAUGUCAGCGCUCAGAACUUCGCCUGGAUUUUGCACUUACAGGUGGCCAGUCCUUUCGGUGGAAAGAGAUCAGCCCUGGGUACUGGACCGGAGUUUUAAAAGGACGUGUGUGGACUCUGACGCAAACAGAUGAACAUAUUUGGUACACAGUAUACACCAAAGAUGAUUAUGUUGAGGGGGAUGAGACUCUGGCUGCAACAAAAAAGAAGAGACGGUUAAACCCAAAGAAAAAUAAAUCGCCUACAAAAUUAUUAAAUACAAAACAAAUCAAGCAGGACAAAGAUGAAAGCUCACAAAAUAUUGAAUUGGCUGAUAAUGACAAAGUCUCAACCAAAGACCCAGAUAUUUUACGUGAUUACUUCCAACUGGAUGUGACGCUGAGUGAUCUUUACCAGCAGUGGGGAAAAUCUGACCCCCACUUUAAAGAAGUAUCAAAACAUUUUUCAGGCAUUCGGGUUUUAUGCCAGGAUCCAACAGAAUGUCUCUUUUCUUUUAUCUGCACAUCAAACAAUCACAUCUCUCGGAUCACAGGAAUGAUUGAGCGUGUCUGUUCCUCUCUUGGAAGCCGUUUGUGUCAGCUGGAUUCUGUGGAAUACUACACCUUCCCAACACUACAGGCACUGGCAGCGGAGGACACAGAGACCAAAUUACGAGAUCUUGGCUUUGGGUACAGAGCAAAGUUUGUCACAGAGAGUGCUCGAACAAUCCUGUCUAAACACAGCCCUGAUUGGUUGGAGAGCUUGCGUCUUGUGCCUUAUGAAGAAGCAAAAAAAGCGUUAUGUGACCUGCCUGGGGUGGGAGCCAAGGUGGCUGACUGCGUUUGCUUGAUGGCCCUAGACAAACCAGAAGCAGUGCCUGUAGACACCCAUGUCUGGCAAAUAGCAAAGAGGGACUACCUGCCCCAGCUAGGGCAGGGCAAGAAAAGCCUGACUGAUCGAGUAUACAAGGAGAUAGGAGAUUAUUUUCGUGUUUUGUGGGGACCUUAUGCUGGAUGGGCACAAACAGUGCUAUUCUGCUCAGACCUGAAGAAGUUCCAGAGUUCAUCAGAUGAUCAAAAAACAAAUCAUCAAACAAAAAUAAAAAGCUGAAAAUCUUA